AUGGGUGCUCUCUUGAGUCUGCUUCGAGAGCUUCUGCGCCCAGCUCCUCCUCCCGCCCGCAUUCCUGCCAAAGCCAAACCCGUCACCAACGCACCUCGCCCUGCGUGGUUACCCUUCGAGCUGUACCGACCCAUCAUCGCGUAUGCCGCAGAGCGCCGAGAAGACGGCCUGGCGCCACAGCUUGCCCGGUUCUGCCUCGUCUCCCGCGCGUUUCGAGCGGAGGCGCAACUCCUCCUCGACCAGAUCUUCACGCUUGCGCUCGAGCUUGAGCCGGUCCAGGGCAUCUACCUCUACCGCUCUCAUACCACCCUCCGAGAAGAAACGAAGUACUUCACCUUAUCACCUCGUUACCGCCGCAUCACCUUUUCUGUCACUCCUGAGCUGUGCGGCGUACCCGUCGUCUUCUGCGCCGGUCCGGCUUACGAGUACUGGUGGGAGAUGGGCCGCUGGUCAACGUUUCUUCAUCCCCGGCACGUCUUGAACUUUGGAACACUCUCCCAGCCGCGACUCAACAACCUGAUUGCCUUGCACUGGACCGGACCAGCAUGGGCUCAUCAUAUCUUGCAGGAUCUCCCCGUCAAUCGGGCACGAAACAAGACUCGACCGGCGGAUGCGGUCGGAAGGCGCAUGCCUGGCUACACGGGACGGUCACUCAACAAUGUACAGUCUCUCACCCUCCUUGCGCGGCCGCAUGAGGGUCUCGGCGACAACCUCGCACCGUUUGCUCCGCUGCACAACCUGCACCUCGACUUCUUCUACCGACCCGACCCUCCCACGAUGGACUUUCUUGAGUGCCUCGACAGCCUCAAGAACCUGACAAUCACGCUUCGAUACGGCGCUACGGCCCUGAACACCCUCAGCACGACAACCUACCCGAGUAUCCCUCAUCCCAGCAAACGCCGCGCCGCGCACAACAUCGUCCGCCGCUUGAUGGCGCUCGUCGCGACACUCCUGCGUAAAGAGCAAGUCAAGCUCACGCUCAGACUGCCGCCGCUGGAACCGCUACACCUGAUGAGUCGCGACAAGGAGUUUUGA